ACGACGACACAAGGACGACCAAACCCUCGAACUCCGUCGACAAGAUGUCCCACCGUAAGUACGAGGCUCCUCGCCACGGUUCGCUGGCAUACCUGCCCCGCAAGAGGGCUGCCCGUCACCGGGGAAAGGUCAAGAGCUUCCCCAAGGAUGACCCCAAGAAGCCCGUCCACCUCACUGCCACCAUGGGCUACAAGGCCGGUAUGACCACGAUCGUCCGCGACCUCGACCGUCCCGGUGCCAAGCUUCACAAGAAGGAGAUCGUCGAGGCCUGCACGGUCGUCGAGACCCCUCCUAUGGUUGUCGUCGGUGUCGUCGGUUACAUUGAGACUCCCCGCGGUCUCCGCUCCCUGACCACCGUCUGGGCUGAGCACCUGUCGGACGAGGUCAAGAGGAGGUUCUACAAGAACUGGUAUAAGAGCAAGAAGAAGGCGUUCACCAAGUACGCCAAGCAGUACUCCGAGAACAGCUCCAAGAGCAUCACCCGCGAGCUUGAGCGCAUCAAGAAGUACUGCACCGUCGUCCGCGUCCUCGCCCACACCCAGAUCUCCAAGACCCCUCUUAAGCAGAAGAAGGCCCACCUUAUGGAGGUUCAGGUCAACGGUGGCUCGAUCGCCGACAAGGUCGACUUCGCCCACGGCCUCUUCGAGAAGUCCGUCGACGUCUCCUCCAUCUUCGAGAAGGACGAGAUGAUCGACUGCAUUGCCGUCACCAAGGGUCACGGUUUCAACGGUGUUACCUCCCGCUGGGGCACCAAGAAGCUUCCUCGCAAGACGCACAAGGGUCUCCGCAAGGUUGCUUGUAUCGGUGCCUGGCACCCGUCCCAUGUCCAGUGGACUGUUGCCCGUGCCGGUCAGAUGGGUUACCACCACCGUACCUCGGUCAACCACAAGAUCUACCGCAUCGGCAAGGGCGAUGAUGCUGGUAACGCCUCGACCGAGUUCGACGUUUCCAAGAAGAACAUCACUCCCAUGGGUGGCUUCGUCCGCUACGGUGAGGUCAAGAACGACUUCGUCCUCCUGAAGGGCUCCAUCCCCGGUGUCAAGAAGCGGGUCAUGACUCUGCGCAAGUCCAUGUUCGUCCACACCAGCCGCAGGUCUCUCGAGAAGGUCGAGCUCAAGUGGAUCGACACCUCCUCCAAGUUCGGUCACGGUGCCUACCAGACCGCCGCGGAGAAGAAGCAAUACAUCGGCACGCUCAAGAAGGACCUUCAGGCCUCUUCUUAAGCUUGUUUAUCUUUUCGCGGUUUGGUUUGCAUCUAGUUCACGAGUGGCGGGGUAGCUUUGGCGUUCUCAUGUCCCGAAUUCCCACGUAGAACAUGCACAAAAGCAUGUUCAGCGCUAAAUAAAAGAUACUCAAUGGAAGUCAUGGAUCCAAUGAAAUGCCACUGCGCUUUCGCUAAUCUGUUCCUUUUCGCCUUGCGUGCAUUGCCGAUCCGAUGAAAAGGCUUGCUGUGUGAAAACAUGUGUACGCGAUUCAUGGUUAACGUAUAUCACCGUCAAGCGAGACUCGCCGUAUAACGAGAUGAUCACUCUUGGACGGAGUGAAAACGAAACCCAUGUAAGAUGUUUAUGAAGUUGUAGUUAUGCAUUCUAAGUUUGGUUAACUAUAUC